CUCUAACAUAACACAUAACCGUGUACGUACGACACCGUAGCAACAGUAUAUACGUAAGAUGAUCGAGAUCGGUGAUCCCUCUGGGUAUAUAAAGGAGGUAGAUUUUUAUAAUGAAUUUCAGUCUGAACUUAUUCUGCCACAUUCUAAGAGAAUUUCUUGGCACAUUAAUCGCACAGGUGUAUAUUUUUGCAAAUCGGAUCGCUAUUAUUGCAUUAUGGACUUUUCGAGGAAGCGACAGCGGGAAGAUGAACCAGAAGCCUCGAAGCGACAACGGGAAGAACCAGCAACAUCAAAUGACCAAACGAAUACGGAAAUAGACACUGAGCUGAAGAUAAGAAAAAAGAAUUUGCGCAGAUUCAGCGGAUGUCGCCCUCGAAAACAUUACUGAUCAUAUCCACAUCGAAGAAGCCGGCUCAAAAAUUUGGAAAAAAUUUGGUUUGCAUUCCAAAUGUUUUUCAGUCAAGGCUUUUGAUUUGGAAACCCUUCCUUUUGCGAUAGUUCCGAUGGCUCUGACGUUGAUAUUGCAACACGUUUUGGACUAUGUGUUAGAAGGUGUACGCCCUGAAGAGAUGGUACGAGUGCGAAUCGAUUCAAAAUCUCUGAACUACCCAAUUUGGACACCACCGAUACAAAGAUCGCAACUUACUGUGCGACGAUGGAUGGCGGAAGUAGCAAGGGUGCUCAACUCUUACGAAGAAUUCAGCAUGGACAAACACUUUGAAGUACUAGUGCAACACACAGACAUUCCCAGAGGCAGCUGUGUCCGCGACGUUCCCAUAAUACUAAAAAAGAGGCUUCAGAGAAUGAAGUCCGUCAUUUUGAUAACAAAUGCUGAUAGUAUUUGUCUCGCAAGAGCUUUAGUUGUCGGAAUGGCCUAUGCGGACGGUGAUAAGCAGAAGUGUCGAAGGAUUAGGCGCGGAGAGAAGCUUCAAUCGAAAGAAGCAAAAGCGUUGAUAAAGAAUGCAGGACUGGACGAAAGAGAGUACACAAUAGCGGAUGUCCCAUUUUUCCAGCAAGCACUUGCCGAAUACCAGAUUAUUAUUGUGAGUGUAGAUCACGCCAACAGCAUCGUGUACAGCGGACCCAAACAGAGCAAACGCAUAGUCUUGCUGCAUCAUGACCAUCAUUUUGACUUGCUCAAUUCGCUGCCAGCUUUUUUUCAAAGAAAUUAUUGGUGUUACGCAUGCAACAAAGGUUACAAUGAAAAAGCAGAUCAUCGUUGUGAAUCAAUUUGCCACUCGUGUUUGCGCAACGAUUGCGAGGCGGACAAAGGAAACGUCAUCGAAUGCCAGGAUUGCCAUCGUAAAUUUUUUGGUUCCGGUUGUUUUACCGAGCAUAAGGUCGCAUCUACUCCCACACAGAAACAACGGAAAAGUAUUUGUCAGUCAGUUUUUAAGUGCCAGCAAUGCUUCCGUGUGGUAUCAAACAGAAAUCGGAAAGGUGUUAGUCAGCAUCAAUGCGGAGAAGUAUACUGUCAAACAUGCAAAACCCACGAAUUGCCCGAUUCUCAUAAAUGUUUCAUCAAGCCUCACAAAGUAACCGAGGAGGACCUGGAAGAGCACAGGAAUGCCAGCUUUCUGUAUUUUGAUUUGGAGACAUAUGUGUCAGAAAAUCGUGAACUUGUGCCUAAUCUUGCGGUUGUCCAGGACGAUGAAGGGCAUGAAUGGAUUUUUCCGGAGGAAGGCACACCUUUCGGUGGUAACGUUACUGACCAGCUGUGCUCGUUUUUAUUUAAUGAGCGACACAGAGAUCACUACAUUAUUGCCCAUAAUUUCAAGGGAUUUGAUGGGUAUUUUAUUUUGCGUUGGUUACUGGAAAACGGAAUAGUCCCGAAAGUUAUUAUGAACGGUGGAAAGAUACUUCAACUGGAUGUGUCGGAAUUCAAUAUAUGCUUUCGGGACAGCUUCAACUACAAUCCGCAAAGCCUUGCAAAAUGGCCGGCAACCUUCGGCAUUCGUGACAUUGGAAAGGGCACAUUUCCUCAUCGGUUUAAUCGUAAAGAAAAUUGGGACAAGGUUCUUCCUUUUCCGGAGCCGGAAGAGUACGGGUUUUCAUGCAUGAACAGGAAGGCGAAGGAGUCAUUCAUGUCUUGGUAUGCUACGGAAGCGAAAGAAAAAGAUUACCUUUUCGACUUCCGGAAAGAGAUUGAAGAGUAUUGUCGCAUGGAUGUGACGGUACUACGCAUGUGCUGUCAGCAGUUCCGCCGUCUAUUCCAAGAAAUCAGCAACGGAUUGUGUCCUUUUGUCUCGGCUAUGACGAUUGCUGGUGUAUGUAAUCGGUAUUGGAAGUCUUUUAUUCUUAAACCACAACAAAUCGGUCUCCUUCCGCAACGUUUACAUGCGAAAAACCGGAACCAAUCAGAAAUCGCCAAGAAAUGGUUAGCGUGGAUAGAAAAAGAAGAAGAAUGCGCUUUGGAAUCGGCUUUGAAUGGAUCUGAACACCAGAUUGGACCGUUCUUUGUUGACGGUUACCGCGCAGAUAUCAAUCACGUUUACGAAUUUUACGGCUGUUGGUACCACGGGUGCCCUCAGUGUGAAGCUCCUGGAACCAUACACCCUUUCCGGAACAUUCCAAUGUCGGAAAUAUACAACGAAACCCUGGAACGGGAGAAGUAUAUCCGCAGCCAGGGAUACGGUGUGACCACCAUAUGGGAACAUGAAUUUGCAGAUCAGAUAAAGUCGGAUCCCGAACUGCGAUCGUUUGUUCAGAAACUUUCGUUUAUUGCUCCUCUGGAUCCACGAGAUGCAUUCUACGGUGGUCGUACAAAUGCCGUCAAGCUUUUCCACCAGAUAUCCGGUGACGAAACGAUAAGUUAUUAUGAUGUCAACAGCGAAUACCCGUACGUCAACAAAAACAAACGAUACCCCGUUGGUCACCCCACAAUAAUUACCAAAGAUUUUAAAGAUAUUGGAAAUUAUUUUGGUAUUGCCUUGUGUCAAGUGCUUCCACCUGGGGACUUGAAAUUGCCAGUACUACCAUAUCGCUCGGGUGGUAAGUUAACCUUUCCUUUGUGCCGGACAUGUGUGGACAAGUACCAAAACACCAAGUGUGAGCACACCGAUGAAGAGCGCGCUUUAACGGGAGCCUGGUGUACACCGGAAAUAAACGAAGCUGUGAAGCGCGGAUAUAUGGUCGAAAAGAUUCACGAAGUCUGGCAUUUCGAGCAGUACGAAGACCGUCUUUUUGAAGAGUAUAUCAACAAGUUUUUGAAGAUCAAAACGGAAGCAAGCGGUUGGCCUGCUCACGUCCACACUGAAGAUGAAAAACAUCAAUACAUUCAGGAUUUUAAACAACAUGAGAAGGUUGAACUAGAUUAUGAUAAAAUCACUCCAAAUGCUGGACUGCGUUCACUAUCGAAACUGUGUUUAAACAGUUUCUGGGGACGUCUGGGAAUGCAAGAAAACAAACUCAGCACUGCCUAUAUAACCGAACCGGAAAAGUUUUACGACAUGUUGUUGUCUGGAAAGUAUCACGUGCAUUCUUGGGACAUGUUCUCGGAGGAUGUGGUGCAGUUGACAUACACCAAAGAAAGCGGUUUCGUGGAUCGUAAUCCGAACACCAAUGUCAUCUUAGCGGCGUUUACAACAUGCUGGGCACGACUCCAUUUGUACAAAUUUAUGGACAUGGUCGGGGAUCGGUUGCUGUACUUCGAUACAGAUUCCAUUUUCUUUGUGACAAAACCCGGAUUGGUUGACCCCCCAACGGGCUGCUUCCUUGGCGAUCUUACCAAUGAAUUAAAACCAGGACAGCAUAUCGUGCAGUUCAUCAGUUUGGGAGCCAAAACUUACGCGUACGUCACUAAUGAUGGCGAUACUGUGGUGAAAGUGAAAGGAUUCACUUUGAAUGGCCAAACUAGUGAGCAAAUUAAUUUUAGUAAAAUGCUGGAAAUGUUGGAGAACCGUGAUACAGUUGAUAUACAGUAUCCCGACAUUCUGAAGCGCGUAAAGAAGGAUUUAACAAUUUGUAGCGCUAGCAUGAAAAAACGGUUUCAAGUGACGUAUGACAAACGUCGUAUUGUGGAUAGUGAGUACAAUACACUUCCGUACGGUUUCAAGUUGUUAUGAAUUUAUUAAACUUUUUGAUCAUGGUUUCAAUCUGUUCCACAGCAGCUGACAAAUCAGUAUAAGACUUCAAACCUAGAAAGUUACAUUUACCAGAUGGAAACAAAACAGCACGACCAACACAAAGUUUAACGGCAAGACCGCUAAACAAUUCCGGUGUAUACUCAAGUUUAAAGUACUGGCUAAAUUUUUCUAUAUGAACACGAUCAGUAAAUGUGUGGUUAGCUACAAUAUCAACAAUUCGAUACCCGGUAAU